GUUGACCUCGCUGGCAGAUUACAGAUUUUUGGCUGCCCAUGUUUACACCAGAGACAUGCAAGUUUGUUCACGCUGUUGUCGUUUUGUUUUUCACGGUGUUUAGCUACUCUCCGCUUAGCCCGUUAAGCUAGCUCGUUAGCCCACAGCAAUGUCAGCGUGGCGGAGGGUGCAUGCGAAGGUGCGGACGGCUCCCGGAGUACUUGGCUCCAGACGGGUGACAGAACAGCACACAUGGCUAGACGGAAAUUUAACAUCACGUCAAAGCCUGAGCACAGGCAAACCUCUCCGAAAUGACUUCUUCAAAGAUCUGGAGGCUCAGCUGGCGGCCAUGAGGAAGAAGGCGGCUGACGCGCUGCCAGGGAGCAACUGGAGUCCCUUCGAGAUCAACCCGAACCUUCCUCCGGAGAGGGCCGACAUUGUAAUCGUUGGUGGCGGUGUGAUGGGCUGGUCCAUCGCCUACUGGCUGAAGCAGAAGGAGAGGGUGCGAGGAGGGCUCAGAGUAGUCGUGGUGGAGAGGGACCCAACGUACUCCCAGGCCUCCACGGUGCUCUCUGCUGGGGGGAUCCGACAGCAGUUCUCCCUGACGGAGAACAUCAACCUCUCCCUGGCCUCCGCAGACUUCAUGAGGAACGUCAAUGAACACCUCGGCGUGUUGAAUGAAGACCCAGUGGACCUGCAGUUCAACCAAUCAGGAUAUCUGUUCCUGGCCAGUGAGGAGGUGGCUCACAUCAUGGAGGAAAACUACAGGACCCAGAGGUACGCUGGAGCCAAAGUUUCACUUCUCUCUCCCACACAACUCAAGGAGAAAUUUCCAUGGAUAAACACAGAUGGUGUGGUGCUUGCUUCAUAUGGGUUGGAGAACGAGGGCUGGUUCGACCCCUGGACUCUGCUGAAUGCCUUCAGAAGGAAGGCCAUCUCAAUGGGAGUCAUCCAGUGCUGUGGAGAAGUCACAGAUUUUAAAUUUACAAUAAACAUGAUGACAUCUGCUGAUGGUGAACAACUGGAAUUCAGGAGAAUAAAAUCUGUCAAAGUGCAGAUGCCUAACAGCCUGGAGAACCAGCCGGUGGAAUGCACCAUUGUGGUGAAUGCAGCGGGAGCCUUUUCUGGUAAACUGGCAGGGAUGCUGGGAAUUGGCUUGGGCCCUAAAGACACUGUCGCUGGAAUUCCUCUGCCUGUUGAGCCUCGGAAAAGGUACGUGUAUGUAGUCCACUGUCCUGAUGGUCCAGGUCUAGACAGUCCCUUCCUGAUUGAUUACUCUGGAGUUUACUUCAGAAGAGAGGGGUUAGGAGGGAACUACAUCACUGGGGCAUCACCAGAAGAGGCAGAGGAGCCAGAUACCAGUAACCUGGAGGUGGACCACCAGUUUUUUGAGGACAAGAUUUGGCCCAGGUUGGCCCAUCGUGUUCCUGCUUUUGAGAAACUUAAGGUGACCAGUGCAUGGGCAGGUUUCUACGACUACAACACCUUCGACCAGAACGGCAUCAUCGGUAUGCACCCUUUGGUCAACAACAUGUACUUUGCCACCGGCUUCAGUGGCCACGGCCUGCAGCACUCCCCCGCGGUGGGUCGCGCUGUGGCAGAACUGAUCGUGGAUGGAAACUUUACAACGCUGGACUUGAGCGGACUCGGCUUCAGACGGAUUCUGGCCCAGGAGCCCAUGCUGGAAAGGAACAUCGUGUAGCUGAUCUGGAAUCUACCUAUCACGCUGCGGAUGGAACAUUAUUCUGAACGCUGAACAUGAAUGGAGGGGGGGGGGGGGGGGGUGAGCUGAUGCUUGUUACAGUAUAAACUGUAAUAAUUACCAGAAUCCUGACCUUUGCUUUUCAGAUUUCGACUAAAGCCGGGUGUGUGAUGCUGUUGUGCAAUACAUUUGCAGUGUAUAAAUAUUAAUUGAAACAUCAGCAACAACUUUCUUUCUUUUAGGGGAGUUUAAGUAUACAUACUACAUACUGCAGUCCAAUACAAUAGCUUUACAAUGUUCAGCUUUUUGUUAUUAAUGUACGGAUUUACAUUCUGGUACUCUUUAUUAUUCAUUAUUCUAUCAUGAUGCAAACCUUUUCUGAUUUACUCAUGAAUCACUAUGGAUCAAUCACUGCUGUGUAUUCAUACAGAGUGUGAUCAGUUUUUAUUAAUAAUUAACAUUUUUAUAAAACCAUGGGCUUCAGUUGUGUCGUCAUUGCCUGUUUUCUCUAGGUCUCAUUGCUCACACAGAUCAGAGAUCAGAUUGAGUUGACUGUAAAUGUAUAAUACAAAUAGUAAUAUAUAGAAAGUGCAGAUUCCUGGCUGUGGAAGUACUGAAGGGGGGGGGGGGUACUACAUAUGGGGCAACAUACAAUAUUGCAGGUAUUUCAGGGGUUAAAGUGUUGUAUAGAAUCUGUGCACCAGAUGGAGCCAUUUCCAGGGUGAUUUUUUUAUAUCAAGUAACCGGCAUGGAGCAUCAAAACACUUGACCCACCAAAGACAAACUGUACAAAAUGUCGUCUGAAAGUCAAGUGAUUAUGUUAAGUCAGUAACCGUCUGUAAGAAGAGAGAACAGAUUAGGAGCUGUAUUUUUAGAAACCACGGAUGAAUUUGU